GUGGAGAUAGUCGGUUGGAUCCACCUCAACGCUAGUGUCCGCUGGAGGCUUGUGCAAGGCUGGUGUGUUUGUGCGUUUGCCUCGAGUUUCAUUUGAUUCAUGUUGUUUUUGAGUGGCCCGUUCUUUUGAAAGAGGGCAAUUCGGCCAAGGAUGAGCGAUAACGAUGAUAUCGAAGUCGAUAGCGACGAAGACUCCCCGAGGUAUCACGGUGUGGCUGACAAGCGGGCGCACCACAAUGCACUGGAGCGCAAGCGCAGGGACCACAUCAAGGACAGCUUCCACAGCCUGCGGGACUCCGUGCCCGCACUGCAAGGGGAAAAGUUCGAGGAGCUGAACGCUCCAGUGGCCCAUGGCCAGGGAGGGAAUAGGACCCAGCUUCCCCAUCUCCACUCAGAGCAGUCUAUCAAGCAGGCGUCUCGAGCCCAAAUCCUAGACAAAGCUACAGAGUAUAUCCAGUACAUGAGGCGGAAAAACCACACGCACCAGCAGGACAUCGACGACCUGAAGAAGCAGAACGCACUGUUGGAGCAGCAGGUGCGCGCACUGGAGAAGGUGAAGGGCUCCACGCUGCUCCAGCAGGCCAGCUACUCGUCCCCGGACAGCAGCCUGUACACCAACCCCAAGGGCAGCGCCGUGUCGGCCUUCGACGGGGGCUCCGACUCCAGCUCCGAGUCGGACGCCGAGGAGCACCCCAGCCGCAAGAAGCUCCGCGGCGAGGACAGCUAAGAGGGCCACGAGACACACUCCACCCCACCACUCUCUCAAUAUCUCCACCCCCCCCACCCCAGCCAGCCCUCUCUGGCUGGGCCUGCACCAGAGGCUCCCCCCAAAAGUGCUCAGUUUUCUCUGCAAUCAAAUAGUAUUUGGAAAGGGUCGGGGUCCUGGCCACUAGUUAACUAAACGUUAACCAACUGUUAACCUGUGGCCAGAACGUCUCCCUAGGUUAGUCUCUCUCUUGACGUGUCCCGCAAAUCCCUCCACCAGAAAAUACGACCAGAAACCGACAACAAACCCAAAUAUGAGGCAGCUUGGCUUCUUACAGACUUGAUGCUUUUUCUACCCUCUACGGUCCCGUCUCCUGGGUUCUGCGGGUGAGGGAGAGGGCAGGUGACCUCCUCCAAGCACUGCUAUGUUAAUAAAUAUGUUUAUUUCUUUCAUUUCGUUGAAUAUUCUUGCUGAGAAUGUCAUUGAAUUUAUUUACACACACCUAGAAGAAAUGUCUUAGGUUUUUUCUUUUGGGCGAAGAUUUGUUGCCUAAUUUUCCACUUUAGAGAAUAUGAACAGAUAACGCCCACCUCAGGCCCAUUGGAUGCAGAUUGUUUCCCAUUUGGACAUGUUUAACGCUAAAAAAGAAAAUUGUACCAAUUGUUUAUUCAUAAAUGUUUAAAUUGAUGUUUUGGAAAAAGCGCAAGGAACUCUUAAGAGCUUGUAUGGUCCUUUAGUUUGAUCUAGUGAAAGAAUUUUAGGUGGCUGAAUACAUUAGGCGUCUACGUUUUAUAUAAAAAGCAAUGAUUGGGUCUUUUUCAAGUAAAGUAUGUUAUGCAUUUUGUAGUAUUCUCACAAAUCAUGGGAGAAGGCCUAUUGGUCACAUGUAGUUUUCAUUAAACGUAUGAUCUAGAAAUUUAUUGUCAAAAGGUAGCUCCCUUUGUUUUCCAGAACAAGGAAAGAAGGCAAAUUAAGAUGACGUGUCGUGCUUUAGUUAUACAUUCAUUGUUGCUGACCCCCCCCCCCCCCUCUCCUUUUCAUCAAGGACAACUAGCGAGCUGUUUCUGCGUGUCUAGGAAAUGUGUGUAUAUAUCAUUUCCUUUUUAAGUUCAAUGUAGGAUAUAAUUAUUGUUAAAAGGUCUUUGUUCCAUUCCAUGGAAGAUACAGGUAUGUUGUACAUACUGCCAACAAUUGUCUUGCAAGUUGAGGCGUACCUUAACUAUAAGACUGAAAUAAACUAUUUUAUCCUUUA